UCUUAAGUUGAACUACAGAGAAUGCUGCUUGUUUUUUUUUUUAUUUUUUUUUAUUUUUCACUUACUGUUAACUUGUGUUACAACUUCGAUUGGGAAUGCAGUAUUCUCGACUGCCGGUCCAUUGUAUUAUUUUGGUGUUCGUCGAGUCUGGCCUCUUUUGCUGGCACAGGAUCUCUGCGAACUGUGAACAUGAUUGAUGAAUGAUGUUUGGGGGAAUUCAUUUUCACCUACCUUAAACUUAGUCUUAGGCCUAGGCAAGCAUGACGUCCAACCUGAGUCAACUUUCCUCCUUCACCGGUAAUCAUGGCCAACAUGAUCCCGAAUGGACCAUCACUGGUUCUAGUCCCACAUCCCUCUCCUGUCUCGCCUGCAUCGUGGAGACCAUGGAGGACCCCAACUCGGAGGUUCCCAUGGUCAAGAAGAAGCACCUCCUGGGAGAGCUCCUGAAGGCCAUCAACACGCACGAGAGACUUCUGUCAGACCUCUUAGCAGGGGACAGCCGUGUAGCCUGGCAUCUGGCCCAGACAGUUUACCGUGUUCUUGAGAUACCUGACGAGGCACUCUCCAUUAUUGUCAUUGAAGUUCUGGUACAGUUGUGCUGCAUGCUCAAGUCCGAGGAGCUGGUGUGCUGCCUUGUACAUCAAAUAUCGGUGCAGGUGCAGCAGUUAAGCAGCUUCAGUACCAGUCUCCCGGCCCUCACUCUCCUUGGCCAACUUCUCCACACCAUCCCAGGCCUAGCCAAGAUGGUCAGCCAUGACCAAGAGUCCCUGACUGGGUUCUUGCUGACCGGCCUCUCCUACCCGGAUGAGAAGGUCAAGUCCGUCUGUGCAUUUAUACUUGCACAUGCCAUCACAUCGCCAGCAGAGGGCGACAGACAACUUUUCUGGGCACGGAAUGGGGACCUACCCAGCAGUGUUCUCUCUCUCCUGGCCACUGGGCAGAGUAAAGAGUUAAGGGUCAAUGCUUUGGGGUUGUUGAAGAAGCUACUGGAGCAUGAGGAGCCAGCCAGAAUAUUGAUGCAGUACCAGGGAAAGACAAGCCUUUCAUCAGUAAUAAAAAAGAUGCUGAUGAGUAGAGAUGACACACUGCAGGUAACCAGCGUGCAGUGCACCGCCCAGAUACUUUUGCACCAGAAAGCUCAGUUGUCCCACCAUUGUCAGUAUGCAGAGGAGCUGUUGAACAGUGACGUGGCAGAGUUUCUCUAUGAGACACUGGCAACCGUAAACGGUUUACUGUUAAGUUCAACAUUCUGCUGCCUACUUCUCUUGACUGAGAUUGACAGCUUCUUCAGCAAGUGCCACACUGUCUACGGCAUUGAGUCAAUUGUCAGGGCGGUACAGCAGAGUGCAAAACUCAACAACACUGAGGCACUGAACCAAGGAUUGAAGCUUCUCUCAGAAAUCUUCAAGAAGCAACCUGGGGACAUCCACCUGAUGAACAAUGAUAGCACCCUCACUCAGCUGACACUUACCCUGACAGACUGCAUGACACACACAGAGACGCCCACAGUCACACAUGCAACUCAGGCACUGGCAGAUUUACUCAGACGGGAUCAGCUACCCAGCCCACUUCCCUUCCAGACACUCAUUACAACCCUCCAAGCCUUGCUAGAUGUAUUUCACAGGCUUCCUAAGCCAUUGGUCGGACACAGUCACCGCGGCCAUCACGGAUGCUCGCUUCGCGGGCACUCAAGGCAGGAAGGGCUCGGUAGAUCUCACAGCAAGCAAGAAAUGUUACUCAACACUGGGCUAGGUGCAUUGCACAAGGCAUUCAGGUUAGCAGCAGCUUGUCUGAAUGACCCAACUACAACUGAGAGUCAGUUCACUGCACCAAACUCCCAAGAUACCAAGGCCACGGACGCCGGACUGAGCUGUCUGAUACAAUUCCUCUUGCAAGCUGUGGAAGGGACGUGCAUCCCACUGGUUAUGAUGAAUAUUGAGACUAUUUCCAUCCCUCAUAUCUUCACAAGUCUGUUUUCUAUGCUCUGUGUUGCUAUGGAAUUUGAUGUGGGAGACAUCAACAAAUUUGCUGUCAAGUUGGUUUCAUCAUUCUUCAUACAACUUGCCAUAACGAUCAGGAACAAGUUCCCAACACAAGACAGGCUACUUCAAGAUGCAAUCAACUGUUUCUUGGUUGGGCUGUGCACCUCCAUUCAAGAUCCUAGGUUUGCCUUGGAGGAGAAGCAAGAGCUGAGAGAUACGCUACAGAAAGCCCUACCGCACAUUCACGGAAGUGCUGAUGAGAUGCUUCCUUUGUUGCAUGAGGUUCCCCCAUCUGCUAGUAGCUCAUCCAGUAGCUUGUUGGGUCAAGAUGAUGUAGAUAGCGCCCUUCACAUCAAGCAACAGGCUUGCCUGGCCUUGCUCUACUAUGCCUUCCUCUAUCAUGACAAAUUAGCACCAGAGAGUGCGGUCAGUGAGGCCGUCGUUUCUUUUCUCACCAAUCAUUCCAAUCUGAAGAGACUACCCACGAGCACAGCAAAGCAUCUCCUUUUGCUGUUGGCGAUGUGUCAUGGCAAGGGGUGGGACCAACCCAUGCACUCAGGUGUGCUGUCUUUCUUAAAAGUGUUACAAGAACGAGACAUAACAAGAGUUUACACCCAUCAUCCAUCCAUUUUAAACUGGUGCUUCGGACCUGCUAGCCCACCAUCUCAGUUUGCACAAGGAAUCAUUGAGCAGUGGCUACUGUGCAGUAGAUCUGGUAACAAGGCAGAAGCUACAGAAGCUUGGCAACAGGGGGGUGAAGGAGACAUUCUAUCUAACCUGCUAAGGAGCAAUCCUACCUGCUUAGACAUGUUACUGGACAUCAUGAGCAGUGGGGGCAACGGGCUUGUCCAGGAAGCUCUAGCAGUCUUGGAGAGUGUCUUCAAUGGUGCAGCAUCCUCUGCCAGUGAUGAAGAAUCAACUCAGAGCCUGUUGGUGGCCUUGAGGAAGAGACUACCAGAUGUUGUGCAGAGAAUCUUUAUGUCAGAGGAGGAGGCACCAUUGGAUGUACACAUUCUUGCAUUACUGAGGCUGAGAUGUACUCUCCUAGAGAGAUGCCCUCGGACUGAGCUGGAUCCGACUGAUAUCAAACUGAUGUAUCACGUAAUCAACCUGAUCAGCAAGUCUACCAAUAGCAACCCUAACAUCUUACAGGUCUCUCUCAACUACCUGACAUGCCUGCUCAUCCAGACGUCAACUCAGGAGGAAACAAGAGUUGUUUCCAUCCUCUUGUCCAACACGUCUAUCCUUCAGCUCUUAGAGAGCUUAGUGUCCUCUGACAGUCCCUCCCAACUACACACGCAGCAGUGCUCUAGUCUCAGCCUUGUGACUCAGAUUAUCACUGGCCAAGCCAAAUUUAAUAUCAGGGUUUCACAUACCAUGACAUUAGAACUUAGAUUUGCGAUGGACUUAAUGCGCCAAAACAAAGACCGUCUUAGAAAAGUAUGUGGACUACAGCUCUGGACAGCUUUAUUUAACGCCAAGUUUGAGUCACCUGUGCUAAGAAUAACCUGCAAAUCGGCACUGAGGACUCUACGUGAAGAUGAGGACAUAGGACUGGACAUCCAGGCUAGGGAUCUCAAGAGUGUCUAUGUCUGGCUACAGAAUAGCAUAGUACAGGGCAACCCUCUGCUCUGCCAAGCAGCCGUGAGUUGUAUGAGAAGCUUAAUUGCUUACCUCCUUGGGAGAAGCCAAACACUUGCUCAUCACCUCCUUGCCCAGCCCUGGAACCACCGGCUCAUCAAUUACUGUCUGGAAUCCAACCUGGACUCUAACCACGUCCCAACCUAUGUCAUCCAGCUUAUAACAAUGUUUUUACAGCAUGGCAAGAGAGAGAAGAUGGUGAGUAUCCAGCAUCUACAAGGCAUGACUGACUAUCUGAAAUCAUUGGACAUAUCUCAGUGUAUGAACCAACAGGCUGUAUUGGAUGCCUUAUUGAUGGUACAACAGGUAAUAGUCCAACCAGAUGUCAAGGUGACGCUCAACAUAGUGCAAGGUCUUGGUGCAUUCCUGCAGCAGGUUACCAAUCCUGCAAAGUACCAGUCACUGGAGAGGCAAGAUGAUCUGAAAUGCGUUCGGUUGAAUGGUGUGGUCCUUCAGCAUCCAAGGUCUUACACCAUGGACUCUAAGAUGAUUAGUCCACCAGCUCACCAGAUCCCCUUUCUUGCCAAAGAUCUGCUCGAGAAGCUCACCAGGUAUAAGGAAUGAAUCAAACACCGCCUCGUGGACGGACUCUCCAUACACUAUCUUGACUCUCAGGAAAAAAAAGACCGCAAGCCCAGCUGAUGUACGACUGAUGUGUUUGAGUGGUCUCAAACCUGUCUCUUGUAACUGGCAGAGAAAACCACACAAGCUGCAGGCAGCAUGACGUAGUAGACUCGUUUCAUGUGCAGCGCGUGCAAUGACUUUCUCUGUGCUCACUCGGGUGUUAAAACGCCACUGCCGGUUACUUGUGGAAGUGUCCCACAGUGCAGUGCAAAAACAUGGCAGCUUUUUAUAGUUGAACAAUGGGAAGGGCAUCUGAUACUCUGGCAAACAGUUCAGAAAACUCAUUGCAUGUAAGGGCAAGUUGGCUCCAGUCAAGAAAGUUACAUGUAAGAAAGGCCAAACAGUGUCUAUAGAUGUCCAUUGCCUUUGAACGUUUGAAUUCAUCUUACAAAUUUAAUGUUUGCAUGACUUUUUGACCCAUUUGGGCACAAUGAGUAACCCGAGAUCUGUCCCAUUAUUACCACAUAUUGUACAUGCUCACUUGAACCUAUGACAAUAUCACGGAUAAGCAAGUGGGAAGAAAUCGAACACAUCGGUACAGUGUCUGUGAUCUACUUUCGACUUAAUCAUAGCAUCAUCCCAUGAGAGGAACUCGGCCGAGUAUUAGCUCUUUGCACGCUGCCGCCAUAGGCAUGCAGAGCCUCGAACUGGCAGCUUGUACAAUCGCGUCAGAGUCGCUUUGUCCAGUCGCAUGGUAAAAGAACUAACGCAGCACGUGCAAAAUUACACAAGCAACAUAAACGGGAAUCACUGAACUGGAUAUAUCGAGGCUCUGCAUGUCUAUAGCAGCAGCGUGCAAAGAGCGAAUAGGCAUGGUGGAUAUCACUAACUUGUGUUUUGCACGUUAACUGUUGUAAACUAUACUCUUGAAUAGAGCCAACAGUCCAUCGGUGUUACAUGCCAGUGUAGCAAACAGCUUUCACACCAACGGCUUCAAGGUGUACAUUAUUUUAAGUGAAGUUUGGAGCUGACACUUGCCUAUGUGGUGGAAAGCAGAUUUACUGAAAGACAGACUUACAUGAAAUAGUAGUACAUGUUUCAAGUGUAUGAAUCCUUUGAAGUAUUUUAUCAUAAUUAACAUGGUAACUGGUAGCCAUUGGUACUAGUGUAAUGUCUUCUGGCAUUUACAAAUUUGAAGUAAGCUUGUAUGAUUUCCUUAGACACACAGUCUGUCAGAACUAGGAGUGGACAUUAGGUAAUGGGACAAUACAGAAAUGUUAACUUUGGCUGUUGAUUUUGCCAUCUGUCCUAGUACUCGGAACACAGUGACCCUAUGAUAUUGUGAUCUGAGCCCUUCUGGUCUGUGACCCCAAUCAAGCCAAUGUAACUCGCCACUAGCAACCUUUCCAUUCAACCUGAAUAAGUCGGUAAAAGCUUGCUCGGAUGCAAUGACAGAGCUGUGAUUUUUUUUCACAUGCAUCUUUGGAACCAAAGUUGCCUCAUUUGGCUAGUCUACCUUUGAAGAAGUCUCAACAGUGACCAGGAAUGAUGAUGGAAUGAGUGAUGAAAUAAUGCAAAUUACCUGCCAAACAAAUAGAAAUAGUUUGAAAUCAAUUUCAGUGAUAUUUUGAUGUCAAAUUACACCGAGCAGGUGUGACAUGGACACAAAAAGUCACACUUUUGGAGUGUGAAUUUAUAGAAUGACCCUCAAGCCCAAUCGUACCUAACCGUGAACUGCCCCCUCUUUUGGUGCCAAUAUGAAAUUCAACUGUACCACUUGGUAACUCCCGCAAAAAUUCCAAACAGUGCUCUUGAAAUUCAAUCAUUAAUGCUGAAUACAGAAACCAAUCUUGCUGAAAUUGCAUUCAAGCAGAUGCAUGCAUUCAGGAAAACGUGGUGUCAUGUGCCAUCAUGAUACAUAGUUUUUUCAAAAGGUAGCUGCCAUGUCACAAAAUACUGUAAACCAUCUUCACACAGGAUACUGUCACUUCAAACAAAAUUUCCGAUUCCUCCAAAUGUCAACAUGCUGAGGUGAAUGCCGUCUCCCGGUGGUUUGCACCAAUCCCACUUUUACACCUAAUUCAACACAUCUCACUACUCUGUUUUCGGGUUAACUGCAAAUCUCCUAAGGUUCCUCAGGGCCAUUGUGGUCAUUUAUGCAUCCAGUCUCAACUUCCACAGUCACUUGGCCUAUUUCUGAUCAUGCUUGGUACCAGUAUGCUACACUCACAGGAACCGAUUCUUUAGCAGAUAAAGAGUGACUGUUAUGAACACAGACGGACCAAGCUGUCUGUACAGUCAACCCUGGUUAAUAUGGGACCUUGCCAAUAUAUUUGCGGCAUCCAAAUUUUGGAGCGCACCAGCUGUCCCAUCGAAGCACUGAGCCGAGUUAAUCUUAAUCAGGAGUUAGUCUUUACCAAGUUUGAAUUGACAUGAGUCAAUUGUAUUUUCAUGCACACUCUGAAUACUUGAGCAACUGAAGUCAGGUAUUAAAAAAAAAAAAAAAAAA